AUGGGAGGCUUCGAGACGCGAAGCGAAGAAGCAUGUGAAAGGUUUGCAGGUAUGCCUUACGUCCUUGUCGAUGGGCAAUGUGCUUUAUUUCUGCCUUACAACAACGAGAAAAUUGUCUUGAAGAAUAGUCGAGUUCACUUCGAAAUGAAAUUCGAUGAAUUGCUGUUCACUAACCUAGGUGAAUUUGGUCGUUAUCAAAAGAUACAAUUUAUAUUGGUAUGCUUGCCAAUCGUAUUCGUUUCCAUGCAUGCACUGUCAUGGACAUUCAGCGCUGCCUCUGUUCCGCAUAGAUGUCGUUUGCCAAAUGAAAAGUUGGAUGCAAACUAUUGGACACAAAGUGGUCUGCUUAUGGCGGCAGCAAACUGUACGGAGAAAACAGAACGGUGUAGAUAUCGAGAAUGCCAGUUACGUAAUGAAUCGAUGUGUCGGUUUGGAUAUAUUUAUGAUUUGUCGGAAAUCAAGUACUCGGCCAUUAAUCGGUGGCAUAUUGUAUGCGAAUGGUCAGUGUUGAAAGCAUUUAUUCAAUCAACAUACUAUAUUGGACAGAUGGGUGGCUCGCUGGUAUUUGGUUUCCUGGGUGAUAGGAUUGGUCGUAAGAAAGUAUUCUUUAUCGCGAUAAUCAUGCUAAUAUUAUCUGGUGUUUUAAUGGCAGUAGUACCAUACUGGACAGCAUUUGCUUUAUUACGAGCUUUUGUAGGAUUUGCACAUCCUGGGAUUUUCGUUAUUGCUGUUGUAAUUGGUAUGGAACUGGUUGGUCCUUCAAAAAGAAAAGUUGCUUCAGUAAUAUCAGGGAUAUUUUUUUCAUUUGGUCAAAUCAUUCUGGGAUGCCUUGCAUAUUUCAUUCGCGAUUAUCGAUAUCUGCAGCUCGUUAUUUCAUUGCCUGCACUGAUAUUUAUGUGUUAUUGGUGGAUUGUUCCUGAAAGCGCACGAUGGCUUGUAACACAGCAUAAGUAUGAAGAAGCCGAUAAAAUCUUGCAACGUGCGGCAAAAAUUAAUGGAGCACGCUUACCAGAAAAGUGGUGGGAUCAAAUCGAUUUCCCGGAAAAGACCGCACAGAACCGUUCUCCGCAAAGGAAAUAUAACUAUCUUGAUCUUGUUCGAACACCGCGCAUACGAUUGCGUACAUUUGCAUGUCUUUUCUUAUGGCCAGUUGUGUCUAUGAUUUAUUAUGGUGUUUCUAUGAAAACUGAUUUUCUUGGUGGUGAUUUUUACGGGACAUUUAUUAGCGGUGGUGUAGCCGAAAUACCAGCUCUUUUGUUGCUGUUUGCAUUUAUCGACAGAAUAGGCCGGAAGCCACUUUUUGCCGGAGGAUACUUUCUUGCUGCCUUAUGCAUGCUUUCUAACCUCCUUCUCCCCUCAGAAGUGCAUUGGAUUAUUAGUGUCCUACAAUUUUUAAUCGCAAAAGCUUCUAUAACUAGCUGCUAUGCAGUAAUUUACACUGUUACUCCGGAAUUAUAUCCUACAGUGAUUCGUAAUUCGGCUAUGGGAUGCUGUUCGAUGAUUGCUCGUGUUGGUGCCAACCUGUCUUGUUAUAUUGUCAUGUGGAUUGUGGAGCAGUUUGGAACAUGGGCCAUGAUCGUUCCGUUUGGUAGUCUUUCACUAAUAGCCGGUUUAAUCGUAAUAUUUUGUAUACCAGAAACAAUGGGUAAACCAUUACCAGAAACAAUUGAAGAAAUUGAAGAUGAUUUCUGUCCAUCAAACGAAGAAAUGUUAACGCUAUCAAAUGCUUCAAAAAAGAAAAAUGAUUCUUAA